AUGCUGCUCACUGUGUACUGUGUGCGAAGGGACCUGUCCGAGGCCACCUUCUCCCUGCAGGUCAGCCCUGACUUCGAGCUCCAGGACUUCCGCGCGCUCUGCGAGCUGGAGUCCGGCGUCCCGGCUCAGGAGGCUCGGAUCAUCCACAUGGAGCGGCUCCUCACCGACGACCACUGCCCCCUGGGCUCCUGCGGCCUCAGGGACGGCGAUGUGGUUGUUCUCCUUCAGGAGGAGAGUGUGGGGCCUCAGCCGGACUUCCCAAGGGCCACGCCGGGGACCUCCAGCUCGCGGCAGCCCCCUCGGGCACAGCCGGCCCCGCAGUCCCGGGGCUCCGGGGAGAGGCCGUGCGGCCAGGGCCUGGGCAGCCCCGCCUUGAUUCGCAGCCUGCUGCUCUCCAACCCCCACGACCUGGCCCUGCUGAAGGAGCGCAACCCCACCUUGGCGGAGGCCCUGCUCAGCGGCAACUUCCAGACCUUUUCUCGGGUCCUGAAGGAUCAGCAAAGGGAAAGCGCCCUGCGAGAGCAGGAGAGGCUUCGCCUCAUCUCUGCUGACCCAUUUGAUUUGGAAGCUCAAGCCAGAAUCGAGGAGGAAAUCCGGCAGCAAAACAUCGAGGAGAACAUGACCAUAGCCAUGGAAGAGGCGCCAGAGAGUUUCGGGCAAGUGGCCAUGCUCUACAUCAACUGCAAGGUGAACGGCCACCCUCUGAAGGCGUUCGUGGACUCGGGUGCCCAGAUGACCAUCAUGAGCCAGGCCUGCGCCGAGAGGUGUAGUAUAAUACGGCUGGUGGACCGCAGGUGGGCCGGCAUUGCCAAAGGAGUGGGCACUCAGAGAAUCCUUGGCCGCGUUCACCUCGCUCAGAUUCAAAUCGAAGGUGAUUUCUUACAAUGCUCCUUCUCUAUCCUCGAGGAGCAGCCCAUGGACAUGCUGCUAGGGCUAGACAUGCUCAAGAGACAUCAGUGCUCCAUUGACUUGAAGAAAAACGUGCUGGUGAUCGGCACCACCGGCACCCAGACUCCCUUUCUCCCUGAGGGCGACUUACCGCCCUGCGCUAAGCUGGUGAGUGGGACUGGGCAGGAAGAGCCUUCAGACAAGCAGGUAGCAAAUACUAUUCAACAUUCGGUCAUGGACUCCGGGCGGAAAAAGCAUUGA